CGUAUAAAAGGAGAGAAUGAAGCACCGCGUACUGUGCGUAUACUGGGCGCUGCUCCUGAUAUCGACAGUGUCCAGCGGACUUCUGUUUCUCAUAGUAGCUUCAGAGAAUGCACAAACCAAAGAUACCUUUUUCCAUUUUGAAAAGAAUGAUACUUAUGGAACUUAUAAUAACAUCACACUCAAUUACGAAAACCAUGAAAGUUUUGAGUCUUCUUCUAUACCGGAUGCUGAAAUUGAUACAGUGACAUUGAAGACUAAUCAGAAUGGUCAAUAUGAUCAGCAAGAAGCUACGGUCUCUGCUAGUUUUGAGACAAUUGUCAAUGAAGAUGUAGAAAAAAAUAUGGAUAUUUUAGCUGAGAGUCUCACACAACAGCCUAAUCUUUCCCAAGGUAUCUCAGAAACUGGCCAGGAGGUAGUGUUAACGCUAGUGGAUACGGCUGCCGGCUUGCAGAAUCUGGCUGAGCCAAAGAUCGACCACGAAUUCUCUUCGCGGUCGUCUAUCAAGAAUUCUUCGUUGCUAAGCGGCAAUCAAGUCAGGCCAUCUGAACAUCUAAAUGAGGCUGUGCCAACUACGCAAAUCCCAUCGCCACCAAUCAUCGACGAAACGACGGAACGUCCGAAUGAUACCGACGUCCUCGAAGACAACGAGGAGGUGCUGCUGUUGAAGAAGAUUGCCACCGAGGAGCCACCAGAGGUUGUAGUGAUCGUUAGGGCAGAGCAGAAAGUCAACGCGGAUGAAUUGGAGUUGAGAGUCGAGGAUGUGGAGGCUCAAGCUCAAAUGUCCGAGGAGUUAUCGUCAAAGAUCGAUGACACGUUUACCACGGCACCAGAGUUAAACGAUACUGCGGCCAGAGAGCGAUUGGUUGGAGGUGGUAGGGACGAAACUGCUGCGGUGAUUCUAAAUGGAUUUAUUACUACGGAUCCUACCGAGCCGCACGAAGACAUACCGUCCUUUAGCGAAUGGGCACAAAAGCGCUUGGAGGAGGCUGAAAAGAAGAAAACUCAUCCAAACGCUUCCGUGCAAACUCCAGGAGGUCCAGGACGAGGUAUGAGCGGCAUGAAGAUUCGUAAUAAGAAUUAUGCUUCUCCUGACUGCGGCGCCAAGAUUGUUGCAGCGAAUCCCGAAGCGAGUAGCGCUAAAAAUGUCUUGGUAUCCACGCGAGAUGAAUACAUGUUGAACGCCUGUACGUCGCGCGUCUGGUUUGUUGUCGAGUUAUGCGAAGCGAUACAAGCAAAGAAGAUCGAACUAGCAAACUUCGAACUCUUCAGCUCGUCUCCGAAGGACUUUUCCGUGUAUGUGAGCGAUCGCUUUCCUACUAAAGAUUGGAGUCCGGUCGGUCAAUUCACCGCCAAAGAUGUGAAGGACGUUCAGAGCUUUACUCUACAUCCCCAUUUCUUUGGCAAGUUUAUCAAAGUCGAGCUCCAAUCGCAUUAUGGUUCGGAACACUUCUGUCCUGUCUCAUUGUUUCGCGCUUACGGCACUAGCGAGUUCGAAGUGCUAGAAACUGAGACGGAGAAUGAAAUCCUAGAGGUGAAGAACACGAAUGAAGACGAUGACGAGGAAGAUAGCGACGAAGAGGAAUUAUUAGAUAGCGAAGGUAGUGACUCAUCGAGUAAUCUUUUUGGUAGCGCACGCGAUGCCGUGUUAAGUGUAGUGAAGAAAGCUGCGGAGAUUCUGGUCAAAUCCAGCGGUCUCACUGAUAACAACAUCACGCAGAUCCAGCAAAGUAUUGAUCACGGUAACAUUUUGGAUAAUUCGUAUACGAGCUGUACGACACCAAGGUACACAAUUCUCUGCGGUAAUUGCACCGAUCAGAAGUUUGCUAGUGUCUUCCAGUUAGUCAGUUGCAAAAACCGGCAGUUGGAUGAUUUGCUUAGGAUUGACUUGGUGAAUAGAACUCUAAGACGCGGAAGAUUAUGCGGCCUUCACGGCGUUGAGAUCGAAUCGUUUUGGCGGGGAAGAGAGGACGAAGAAAUAAAACGCGAUGCAACAACGUGCUUUAAUCUAGCAGAGGAUUUUCAGAUAACCUUCUUAACUUCUUUUUUUAAACCCGAAUAUAUUGUGGCAUUGUGCAAUGUUUUGGCAACAAAGGAACGCAAGGUAGUGAUGAACACGAGCUAUGAAAUUUCUGUAAACAGAUCUAAGGAUAUUACCAACGAAGUUUUAUCUACCAAGGAUACCGAUCACAAUGUCGAGAUUACUUCUCAUCAUCAGACGUCCUCCAAUGUAGAUCCAUGUAUUCUAGAAUCAAGUCCUUGUAAGUCUGCAACGUUCUCGAAAGAUGUUCGACGACGUCCAUCGAUUCAAAAUAUCGGCGAGGAAAGCGAUAAUAUCAGCGUCGUGACUAUAGAGACAUCAGCUACUUUUCCAGAGAGCCUGGCGUCGCAAAUUAAACCCACGAAAACACUAAAUAAGGAGGACUUAAAGAAAGAUUCGUCUGUGCCGAUUUUGGAACCCAGCAAAGAACCUACGGAAGAAACGUUGCAGCCACAAGUGAUGACGACUGUUCCACUGCCGUCCAAUCCGACACCGACAUUGAAAAUCGCCGAAGAGUUACCGGUCCAGGGAACUCCUGUCGAAAUGACGUCACCAAUAAGCAGCGUUCCGUCAAAUAUCGAUAGUCAAGAAAUGGGCGAUAUUCUCGUGCCUGAUACGGAAAACGGGGAGACUGUUGCACAAAUUAAAAUGGACAGAUCGGAAAACGGUGAACAGGACGGGAAACAGGCGAAUCUAAGCGAGCAAGAGAUUCGAUUGUCGUCUCAAGAUCAGCUCUCGUUAGAUUCAUUGCUGUCCGAUUUGAAAGAUUUAGAUGUCGAUACGACUAACAUGCAGAAUGGAGUGUCCAGCUCUUCGUCUACGACUCAACCCACAACGAAUAUCGCUCCUCAAAAAGAAUCUGUCUUUCUUCGAUUAUCCAACAGGAUUAAGAUUUUAGAAAGAAAUAUGUCGCUUAGCGGGCAAUACCUAGAAGAAUUAAGCCGUCGUUAUAAAAAGCAAGUCGAAGAAAUGCAACGUUCAUUGGAGCGUGCGGUAGCCGCUAUGGGCGAGGAAUCUCGAAAAGGCGAGGAGCGUGAUGCGAAAAGAGCAGAAGAAAUCGCUGCGUUGAGGGAAGAAAUUACUAUGCUCUCCAAAUCAGUUGAAACUCUUCUUUAUGAUCGAGAUAGUUGGCGCAGUCGAAUAUCUGUGAUUUUCCAGCACGCCUUGUUGAUCUGCUUGGAAGUCAUUGUCAUCAUUUUGAUUCUCUCUUACUGUCGUAGAAGAGAAAAUUUUGAAGAAGAAAAACUCGAAUCGGAUACAAAAAAGGAUACUGUACGUCGCAAAAGCGCAGAGAAUUUCGGUUUUUACGGCACGGCGAAGAAAACGAAAAAGCGACGACCCAGCGAAAUCGCUUCUCAUAUUAGUGGCACUUAUCACGAGUUGAUGAUCGACGAUCGACCGCCGGAGAAGAAGAAGGAGCGAAAGAAAAAACGUAAGAAAGAAACGAUCGCUGCCGGAACUAUAGCAGUUAAUAACGACGUGAGACAAGAUGUGGUUCGAUAUAAGAGCGUAUUGAAUGUAAUCCCUGGCGGUACGACAUUGCCGUCGAGAAGAGUAUCAUCCAUAGAUCCUCCACAUUCCAAGGAAUCACAGAGCUCAACGGGUAAAAGAUCGGAAUCCGCGCCCGAGUCCGCCGUCGGUUGGUAUGAUGAUCGAAUAGAAAGGAUAGAACGGAGGUCAGUACCAGAGGAUAAAACUUACGACAUGGAAUCUGGUACGAGUUUUGAAUCCGAUCAUCAAGUUGACAAGCUCGGUAAGCCCAACUCGUUGAUUGAGGACAGACAUGUAGAAGGAUUAAAUACGGUUGAACGGAAGCUGUCGAAAAACGGCUCGUUUAGAGCCGGCAGUAUUCUCAAAAGUGCGAAACUGAGUUCGCCGUCCUUUAUGAAAACUGCCUUGGUUACGAGGAACAAAAGGAAGCUCUCCGCGAAUUCCAACGAAAAAUGGGAAUGGAGCCAGGACUCGGAGAAUUCGAACGAUAGGUCCUCUCAGUCCAGCCCCACAGAUUUGAAAAUACUGUUACAGACUGUCGGUGAUCGUGCCAAUGGCAGUGCCGCGAACGGCUUGAUCGAAGAGAGCGAUGAGUCGAGGAGCAGUAGUGCUACACCUACAUCGGCUAAAAAAGAGAAAAGAAGCACUGGCUUGAAAAAAAUGGUGAGGAAGUUUUUCUGAUUGAAGUAGACCCGCCACAGAUACGAGAUUGAACAUUGAUCUUAGCGUCAAAUCGAUUGCCAUAUAAAUUUUAUAUAUUCAUGAGAAUUUUCGGUUUGAUCUUGUUUCACAUUUUUGUCUUACUUUCUUUGUCUUAUUUUUCUUUAAAUUUAAUUAUUCUAAAAACACAAAUUUUACUUGUCAUUGCGUGAUAAAGUAAGAUAAUUAAUUUGAGCACAAAACGUGAAAAUAGCAGCUGAAGCAGGAUUCAGCCAAAUAAUCUCGCGAAUUUAACCGAAUUUAAUUUAACCGAAUGUACGAGUAUUCACAUCUAGAGAAUGAAAAGUAGUCAAACGAAGUUAAAGAAAACUUGUCAUAACUACAAGACACAAAUAGUCUGAGCACGAUCUUUACUUCACAAUUACUAGUCUUUCUAUGAAUUAGAGUAAAAACAAUGUGUGUUAAUUGUUAAAACUGAUUAAAGUUUAAUUUUUGUCUGAUUAAAGACUGCAUAUAAUUUGAAGAACAUAUUAAACUUCGAGAAAAGGAGAGUUAAGAUUAUUUCCACGAUUUUUAAGUUUUGUGGAUCGAAAUCAAGAAGAACUUUUCACAUGAUUGCCUAAAUUUGAAAAGCUUCCAUCAUAUUCAUAAUGUAGUCGAUGGAUUCAUCUUCUUCCGAUAAUUUUUUUUCUAACGAGUGCAGUAUUUUGAAAUCCAGAUUUUUGCAACGGUAUGAUUUGCCGUCAAGUCUGAAAAUUUUGAUUAAUAUAAAAGCACGAAAGCCUUGUUGAUUAAUAAAUAUAAUUAAUUGAUAAGAUUAAUUAAUAAAUUAAUUGAUAAGUUUGUAUAAAAAAAGCAAAAUGCGGAAGAAGAAUGAAAAAAAUAUCAAGAAGGAAAAAGAAUUCAUCAACUAUCUCAUGUCAACUAUCUUAUGACGAUGCUUAGUUUUAUGCGCUACUAUCAGAACUGCACUUUAUUUAUUAGUGAUAAUAGUAUCGUACGUAAUAAGUUUGGUAUAAACAUGGGGCGAAUGCAGCGAAAUACGUCAAAGUUUAUUAUAAAGCAACGCCAACGUCAGAUUAAGCGUGAUCCCACCGUUGUGAAAACUAGGAAAAGAUGAAUAAAACGACUUAUGAAAACUUAUAAAAAUAGAUUAGUUUACGUAGAAUAUGUAAUUAUGCUUGAUCUUAAUCGACACAACGGCAGUGACUACAAUAGUCUAGAAGAUAUUUCUAUGAUUUUGUUUUCGACUAUUUGGAUUAUUUAAUUUUUAUCUAUGAUUUAUCGCCAAAGAAAAAAGAGAGAAAGAAAGAAUGAUAGAAGGAAUGUUAUGAGCAAAAUCUUAGAACAUUAACAAUAAUUGUUAUAGCCAACAUUUAUUAUUGCAUAAUCAAAAAAAAAA